AGCCGGCGGGCGGGCGAGGGAGUAGCGUCUUCAGCAGCAUCUGCCGCGGCCGCGUUUGCCCCAAGCUCAGAGGCCGACGGACGGACAUAUCGCCGGGCGGACGGACGCGGGCUCUCGCCUUGGGCUCGAGGCCAGCUUCGGCGAGGCUCGGGGCUUGCAGCGCGCGGCUUCUCCGCCAGCUCACGGCCACCCCGGCUCCGGCGGCCUCGACGCGCAGGGGGCUGAAGGUGCGGGAGCCGCUCUCCACCGGUCGGUCCCCGCGCGUCUCUCAGCCCCGGCCGCCGCGGCGCGGCCCGGAGCUGCGUCCCCGAUCCCCUGCUUCCCUCCGGGCUACUCUGAGCAACGGUGCUCCCGGGCUCCAAACUCGGGCUGCCGGGGCAAGUGUCUUCAUGAACCCAGAGGAUGUCCGGGAAGCACUACAAGGGUCCUGAAGUCAGUUGUUGCAUCAAAUACUUCAUAUUUGGCUUCAAUGUCAUAUUUUGGUUUUUGGGAAUAGCAUUUCUUGGAAUUGGACUGUGGGCGUGGAAUGAAAAAGGAGUUCUGUCCAAUAUCUCUUCCAUCACCGAUCUCGGCGGCUUUGACCCAGUCUGGCUCUUCCUCGUGGUGGGAGGAGUGAUGUUCAUUUUGGGAUUCGCAGGGUGCAUUGGAGCGCUACGGGAAAACACGUUCCUUCUGAAGUUUUUUUCUGUGUUCCUGGGAAUUAUUUUCUUCCUGGAGCUCACUGCUGGGGUUCUGGCAUUUGUUUUCAAAGACUGGAUCAAAGACCAGCUGUAUUUCUUUAUAAACAACAACAUCAGAGCGUACAGAGAUGACAUUGAUUUGCAGAACCUCAUAGACUUCACGCAGGAAUAUUGGCAGUGCUGUGGGGCUUUUGGAGCUGAUGAUUGGAACCUAAAUAUUUACUUCAAUUGCACAGAUUCCAACGCAAGUCGAGAACGAUGCGGCGUGCCAUUCUCCUGCUGCACUAAAGACCCCGCGGAAGAUGUCAUCAACACUCAGUGUGGCUAUGAUGCCAGGCAAAAACCAGAAGUUGACCAGCAGAUUGUAAUCUACACGAAAGGCUGUGUGCCCCAGUUUGAGAAGUGGUUGCAGGACAAUUUAACCAUCGUGGCUGGUAUUUUCAUAGGGAUUGCAUUGCUGCAGAUUUUUGGGAUCUGCCUGGCUCAGAAUUUGGUUAGCGAUAUCGAAGCUGUCAGGGCCAGCUGGUAGAGCCCUGCCUCACUGCUGUAUGACACUGGAUGGACCCAGCCUUCCCGACCCUCCCACGUGCCCAGCCACAUCCACGCCGCAAUCCCACGGGAUGGAACUGCCGAGAACUUGGUUUUGGGCGGGUACCACUGGGAAGUGCUGCUCACUGACGGAUUAAAAAGAUAACCAGUAUGAAAGUCAUUGCGCCGUGCAUCUCUGCUGUGUCCAUGAAUUUAUGGAUGGUUGGAUACUUACCAAAAAAGAAAAAAAGGGAGGGUGAGGGGCCCAGCUGUACUUGAAUCUGUGGAACACGCAGUCUUGUUCUCUCCUUCAGUGAUCAGAGGGCUGGGACAGGCGGUUUUUGCUCUUCGUCAGACCUUGAAGGGACUUCUGGUCCAUGGCCUAAAGAAGUGCAUCUUUUCUAAAACUCAACCCCUAACCUGGGAGGGCUGUGGGUUUUUUUGUUUUGUUUUUUGUUUUUGUUUUUGCAUCCCUUCACUGUACAUUCAGGGACCUGUUAAAACCAUCAUCCCAAGAAGAAAACAGCUUGUCUUUGGGUUCAGAUGUUGUGAUCACAUUCAACAAGUCAUGUGGGUGGGCACGCCUGGUCCCUCCCAAGGGGACUUGUGUGUUUCAUGUGUAUGGAGUAAGGGCUUUGGAACACUUAAUGAUGCUAAAUUUUAACAGGACAGAUUGUUGUUCUCAGUAGGCCUGAGCUGUAUUUUCUAUGAAAUUCAAGGAGAAAAUGAGGUUAAUGGAGAGGCAUUAACUAAUACCCCUCACUCCAGCCCAUCAAAUUAGUUGUUGGAUUCUUUGGAAACUGGAAUAUUAUGCAUUUUGUUCUGCUUUUUUUGUGUGUUUUUGUUUUUGUCUCCCAAAAGUGAGAGAGCUAGGAUACAGUUUCUCUUAAAGCGUUUUCUUACUCAGAGCUUGAAUAUUAAUUUUUUUGGUGUACUCUCCCCGCAUGAUCUGUGAAUCUGACUCUACCAGUUCCUUUUCCUGCCAUCUUUCCUACAAACAUUUAUAAAUGUUAUUUGAUCAGCAUUUAUUUCAUAAGUUCACCACCCUGAGCAGUGUGGCGUGUCCUCCGUGGCCAGGGAGGGUCCCGCCGGCUGGGCUAUUGCAAGUGCUUCUGUGGACUCCAUGAUCCCUUUACCCUAUCAGUCUUCCGGGCCCCAUCUGCAGCCCCCCCCCCUUCUCUUUGAAUGGAAUCGAACCUAAUUCUGAAACAGUGUUGACACAAUCAAAAAUAUCCUAAUAUUUUUUUCUUCUUAUACUGGUUUCAGUUUGCUUUUAUUAAAAGAAACAGUGCAUGGCCAGAGCUCCUUCUGUUCUCAUAGUGCAGACUAACUGUCAGGAUGGUAACAAAGCACAAAUACUUAGGAAGGCAGUGCAUUGAUGGGGCAAGUGUUCUGUGACCCAAGGUGGGAAACCACUUCCAGGUGCUGCCACUCACCUGUCCCCACCGGCCUGGGGAGGGAUGAAUUUUGCCCUCCGAUUUGAACCCAGCUGGUUUCUGCCAGGAGGUCCCUCUCCUGGGGAGCAGAUCAUAGCCUGUGAAAUGCUGGGAAAACCACAGGUGUCUUUUGCAGUGAUGACCCACUUGCCAACACAAAACUGGGCAUCCAGCGAGCAGGCUUUAUGGAAACUUAGCAAGGUUUUCUGUUUUAGCCCCAUGUCGCAUCACGAUGGCUGAUGAACGUGUUAAAUCUGCUCAGAGGAAGGACAAAGAUUCUUUGAAAAUUGUCUCCGGGGUGUGGGUGUGUGUACGACUGCAUGUGUGUUUUUGUGUCUCUGUACAGUUAGAGAUGUUCAUUCCCUAUCCCGGCUGUAAGAUGAUUCUGUGUCAUCUCUGCCUCCACGCAGUUGUCAUUCUGUAGUGUCACUGCAACAUGGAGAAGACUUGAGCCCCGCGGUUGGCACUCCUGUCUCUUUUUAUUACCUCAUACUCCAGUGAACUCCGUCUGACCAGUUGAUUCAGAAUCGGGCAAGAUGCCCUCCCUUUGGCACAUCCAGUGAAAGGCCAAUCGGCAAGUCCAAGUGAGUUCUAAAUUUUAAUUAAUCACCCUUUAUUUUUUACACUUGAGAGUGGUUGUAAUUAAGGCUGUCAUUAAUAAACUGGUUCUUCCUUA